GGAAGAAGAUGAGAUUUGUGUUUACGGAUGCGAUUCGCUGAACUGUUGGCCAAAACUUCACUAGACGUUCGAGUCAAACCGCUGGAUUUCUUCAUGGGCUUCACAAUACAUAUAUUUGCAUAUCCGCUAUCAUUUUGGUAGCACUGAAAAAUAAAAUUGGAAGAGGCAACUGUUGGCGACUAUGAGCGAAUCGGACAGCAGUCUGCACUUGAACCUGCCGCCGAGCUGCUCCGAUGCCAAUCGCGUCUUUUGUGUUGAGGAUGGCUCGGUUAACGAGCCCAGAGCGAGCGUAACCGACACUUCGGAGCCCAUCGUCUUAUACGACGACACGGGGGAAGAGAGCGACGUGCUGGACGCUUCCGACCCCCGGGAUAGCACGGCCAGCCCGGAGGAUCUGAUCGACGACGAGGCGUACGGGGAGAGCGAGAGCGAAACUAAGACGUGCACGUACGAGGGUUGUACUGAGACCACCACGCAAGUGGCCAAGCAGAGAAAACCCUGGAUGUGCAAGAAGCACCGCAAUAAGAUGUACAAGGACAAGUACAAGAAGAAGAAGAGCGACCAGGCCAUGACCAGCUCUGCCAAGCUAGACGAAAGUACUGAAGAGCGUCCUGUCUCAGUGAAUAAGCAGCGUCUUGGAACCAUUGCAGAGCGCCCAAAUAGGCCUUCACUCCUGGAACAAGUUUUAAACCAAAAGAGACUGUCUCUGCUCAGAAGCCCAGAAGUUAUUAGCUUCUUGCAGCAACAGCAACAGUUGUUAAGCAUUCAGAAUCGAGCCCAGCGAGCACAAGACUUCUAAGAGGACUUCUGAAAGUUGGAAUACUUUUUUAUGUUUCUGCGAGUGACCUCAAUUUUAUGGUGAUUUAUGUACUUUGUAUAUUUGUUGAGUUUCAGAUUUCAAUUCAAACUUCAUUUGCUUUUUACCUUCUCACAUGAUAUCCCAUUUCUGUCCCCAUUUUCUACCAUCAGGCCUUACCUACCUGGAUUGCUUUGCUCAGACACGAACACCAAUGUGCACACUGUGGCUUCUGGGUACUUUUGAUGGCAGUAAACGAUGAGGCAGCACAAAACGGGACUUCUCAAUCAUGAUUUACUUCUGCAGUGCAACAGUUGGUAUUAUGUUUAAAAUUUUGUGGAGAAGUGCAGGGGAAAAAUCACAAUAUUCAAGAACUUCUUGUAGGCCUUUUCUGUUUUAGUAAUUUAGAACUGAAUGCAGGGGUGAAGAGGGCUGUCAGUUUACUUAAGGUGGUCGGGAUAUGCAGUGAGACUACUGAGGGCAUCACCCACAUGGCUGGCUCGUGCACAGCCCUUUGAGGUAAGACCGAAGACUUGCCAGAGGGACUAUCCUCCAUAAGAAGGUGCUGCUGAAGAUAGAGUGGGCGCGGCACCUCAGCAUGUUGGCACUACAGUCUUCACUAGGACCAAUGGAUGUGUAGGAAAGGAGAAAGAAUAGAGAAGAAGUUUCUGUUGAGCACACUGACUAUAAAAUUGUCCGUUUCAAACCAUUUCUGAUUUAGGAGACAAAUCUUUUUUU